AUGGUGUCCACCGCCGACAGUGCUCCCAGCAAUGGCAUCACGGGGGGCUACACAGGCCACGAUCUGGGCCUUCAAAUCGCCAUGGGCACCUUCAUCGGGAUAGCCUGGUACAAUGCCACCGAACUGAUCGCCCUAUGUUUCGUAACAUUCCGCAAAUACCGUGGCCUAUACUUUUGGAGUCUGAUAAUCUCAUCCGCGUUUGGGAUAUUGCCGUAUUCAGUCGGGUUUCUGAUGAAGUUUUUCCAACUCACCUCCGCGACAUGGUUGUCCGUUACCUUGUUGAGUGUGGGAUGGUAUGCGAUGGUUACGGGUCAGUCGAUGGUGCUGUAUUCGAGACUUCAUCUGUUAAAUAGGAACCCCAAGGUCCUUCGACCCGUGCUGUGUAUGAUUAUCGUUGAUGCGAUUGUUUUACACAUCCCCACGUCGGUGUUGACGUAUGGCUCGAAUUUUGCCUAUUCCAACCCUCAUUUCGUGGCUGGGUAUAAUGUCAUGGAGAAGAUUCAAAUGACGGGGUUUUGUUUGCAGGAAUUCAUUCUCUCGGGAAUCUACAUUUACGAAACCAUUGCCUUACUGAAGGCGAACCCGGAAAGCGGCAGACGCAAGAUCAUGUAUCAGCUUCUUACUAUCAACUUGAUCAUCAUCCUGAUGGACAUCGCCCUAUUGACGGUUGAGUACAUGAACUUCUAUAUGAUAGAGACCACGCUCAAGGGAGCCAUCUACAGCAUCAAAUUGAAGCUUGAAUUUGCCGUAUUGGGACAACUAAUUCGACUCGUACGCACACACGGCUGGAAAUCCCAGCCAGUGAUCUCCGGUACUAUUGCUAACGGUCCCAAUGGACUAAACAUUUUCAACAACGACGAUGACGACGACAUGGUUUAUCCUGACUUCGUCGACGCGACUCGCGUCGCUUCUGAUCUUACGCAUGCCACUCCUCCCCCUCCCACUCGACCGCGCAAUAGCUCUCAUCAUCGCCAUUUUGAUGAUAUGGAUGAUAUCUCAAUAGCCAUGUUUGAGCAUUCAACUCCUUUGGCGGAUGAGGAGAUGGGAGGAGGGAUGCGUGAGAUAUGGCCACGGUCUACGAAUACGACUUUGGAGUCGUGGAGUGGUGAGACGAGGACAAAUGGUAAUCCGCAGCAGAUUCCGGGUUCGGAGACGGUGGAUUUUGGGAAUGAUGCACAUUACCCCGGGCCGUCGAAUACUGCCAUGGAUGCAUGCAAACUAUCCCGCCCACUCUCACAGUUGAGAGGCUACGGGAGUGAUAUUCCGGAAUUUGACCGGCACCUGUCAAUCGACUAG